AUGGUGCCCAUUCCCGAGCUGCCAACCGAGAUCUUGGCUCAGAUUGUACGGUAUGCACACCUCAAUGGAGAUCUUCCAAACCUCAGGUUGAGCAAUUCGCGGUCUUGGGCACUAGCAGAUCAUCAAAGCCGUCUCUUGCUCGAUGACCUGUGCUCGAAAUACGGAAUCAGUGCGCGAGUUCGGGAUCGUUACCUCACUCACAAGCAAGGAAAUAAAUUCCCUUCGGACAUUCAGCAACCGGACAUCAUCCAUAUCAUGGCCUUUGGCAAUUUUCUGCGCAUGACAGGGCUUCUUGCUGCAGACUUGGAUAGGGCAAUGAUACACCUAAGCCGUACCGCCGUACCUACCCUGCGAGGUUGCGCUCGAGAACCUUUCGUGUUGUUUGAAAUAUUCAACCAGGUGUUAAACUCAUCGUUGAGAGUGUCAAAUUCAGCAACGGCGGAUUUACUGGUCCCUUCCCCUGAUGCCGAGCAGUCUGUCUCAAAGCAGUUCUCAGAGGAAUUUGUCCAUUUCCUGAGACACGAACUCACGCUCGAGGACUUAGAAGGUAUUAUAGGCGCCAUUAGCGUCUGCUCAAUGCGACUCUGGAGUAGUGUCUUCUUGUUCAGGCCAAAGGAUUCCAGCGUCAGCAGCUUCGGCAGUCUCUCCGGGGCUUCAUUCAACAUCGAUCAAGCAAUCUUGACUGAGCAUGUUAUCUGGAAAGGUCCACUUUGGGCAUCGCAGAUAUUGAAGAAGUAUGGGCUUGCAGAUGUGGCUUCGAGUAAUCAAACUGAGGUGGAUUUCGAAAUAGACGACAUUCUCGUCAGGAAGGGCAUUUGGAGCGGUUCGCGCAGUCAAGGAGCUCGAUUGGCCGCUAAUGGAGUGGCCCGACUCCUGUGGAAAGAGAGACAGCAGAGGAUCGAGGCACAGACAAGCGCUUCUGCAGAAAGGACAAGUAUUACAGAACCAUCAGUGUGGCGAAGAUUCCCAGGAGAAAUAUAG